AUGGUAUUUCCCAAUUUAUUUCUCUUAAUAAUUUUCACUUAUUUUCUCUCUCUUCAAAACGCACCGUUUUGGGCAGCGGCUGACAACUUAUCUCUACCGGAAUCCCUCGCCGAGAAGCUCAGAGAUGACCCACAAACCAUAAGCUUAGCGUCCACAGAUUACGGCCGGAUAAUUCAAGAGAACCCCAUCGCCGUAUUCUUCCCGGUGACCGGAAACGACAUCGCCUUCUUCAUCCGGGUCAUGUAUGCGGGGCCCAUACGGUUGGAUAUCGCUGCCCGGGGUCAAGGCCAUUCCGUACGCGGGCAGGCCUUGGCCAGGAACGGAGUGGUCAUGAACAUGACGUCACUGGCUAAUUCCCGGCAAGGGGGCGGGAGAAUUGUGGUGAAAACGACGUCGUCGUUGGGUCCGUACGCUGACGUGGGUGGCGAGCAGUUAUGGAUCGAUGUGUUGCAUGAGACGAUGCGGAAGGGGUUUAGCCCGGUGUCGUGGACGGAUUAUUUGCAUAUGACCGUCGGCGGGACGCUGUCCAACGCCGGAAUUAGCGGCCAGACGUUCCGGUUCGGCCCUCAGAUCAGCAAUGUUUAUGAACUUGACGUCGUAACUGGAAAAGGUGAAUCCUUGACGUGUUCCCCUACGACCAACCCUGAGCUCUUCUACGCCGUGCUCGGCGGUUUGGGUCAGUUCGGUGUGAUUACCAGAGCUAAAAUUGCCCUAGCUCCGACGCCCACAAGGGUUAAAUGGGUGAGGAUGCUUUACACCAACUUCUCUGCCUUUACAAGUGAUCAAGAGCUUUUGAUCUCCAACAACGGAAAUGAGAAAUCCAACGGCCUUAAUUUCGUUGAAGGUUUGCUUUUGCUACAACUUCACACACCUGAUAAUUCCUCCUUCUAUCCUCUCGCCGACCAGCCCAAGAUUGCCUCCCUUGUCUCCCAAUACGGCAUCGUUUACGUCCUUGAAGUAGUCAAAUAUUACGACCAACACUCUGCUUCUUCCGUUGACCAGGAACUCAAUGAGUUACUGGGAGAGUUGAAGUUCGAGGAAGGGUUGAAAUUUGUUAGAGAUGCUUCAUACGAACAGUUUUUGGAUCGAGUUCACACCGACGAAGUAGCUCUAAGAUCUUUAGGGUUGUGGGAUGUUCCCCAUCCAUGGUUGAAUCUUUUCAUUCCGAAGUCGAGAAUUGCUGAUUUUGAUUCGGGUGUUUUUAGAGGCAUUAUUCAAAAGCGUAAUAUCACCUCCGGCGUCUUCCUCAUCUACCCUAUGUUAAAAAAUAAGUGGGAUGAGCGGACCUCUGCCGUGAUACCCGACGAAGACGUGUUCUACACAGCGGGGAUUCUAUUUUUGAGUGGGUUCAAGGAUUGGGAAACGUUUGAUGGUCAUAACAAAGACAUUUUAAGGUUUUGUGCUGAAGCUGGGAUUAAAGUGAAGCAAUAUCUUCCACAUUAUGAAACCCAACAAGAUUGGAUGAACCAUUUUGGCCGAAAAUGGCCAAGUUUCUUGCGCAGGAAGGCCAUGUUCGACCCCAAGAAGUUGCUCUCUCCUGGCCAGAAAAUUUUCAGCACUUCAAAAACACCAUAAAUUUUACGUUUAAUUUCCAUACUAAUAAUUAAAAUAUGAUGUACAGUUUAUAAACUUAUA